AUGCCGGUGGCGAUGAUGUGGGGCUGUUUCAGAGAAGUGUUCUUUGAUCGGUAUUUUCUAGCCUCUGUCAGGAAAGCAAAGACAGAGGAGUUCUUGAACUCGACUCAGGGACAGCUGAUUGUUCAGCAGUACGUCACCCGAUUUGUGGAGCUAUCACACUUUGCUCCUUACAUGGUGCAGGAGUUUGCUACACUAGUAGAUAAGGUCACUGUGGUAGAGGCAAGUCUACAGGGGGAUGUAGAGGCUCAGAACUCAAAGAAGAGGCCGAUGCUUUCUAGUUCUCAUAUAGGCGCGAGGAAGGGUCCUUGGAGGAGUUAUCAGGCCAAUAUUAGGAUAGUACCAUAUGAGGCACUGUAUGGUCGGAGGUGCCGAUCUUCGUUGUAUUGGGACAAAGUCGGUGAGCGAAAAAUUUUGGGACCAGAGCUUGUUCAGCAGACCUAUGAAAAGGUCCAGUUUAUCAGGGAAAGAAUUAAGACAACACAGAGUCGACCGAAGAGCUAUGCAAAUAUAUGCCGACGAGAGCUGGAGUUUGAGAUAGGUGAUACCACAUUUUUGAGGAUUUCUUUGAUGAAAGGGGUAAUGAGAUUUGAGAAGAAGAGGAAAUUAAGCCCUAGAUACAUCAGGUUAUUCGAGAUUCUGGAAAGAGUUGGUUUGGUGGCGUAUAAGAUAGCAUUACCCCCAUCACUGUCUAGGAUUCAUGACGUGUUCCACAUAUCCAUCCUAAGGAAGUACAUUUUGAAUCCUUCGCAUGUAAUCAAUUACGAGUCUUUUGAGCUCGAGGAUACAUUGGUAUAUGAGGAGAUACCGAUUCAAAUUCUAGACUAUAAGGAACAUGAGCUACAUACUAAGAUGAUUCCGCUUAUAAAGGUACUUUGGCAUAAUCAUGCAGUGGAGGAAGCAUCAUGGGAAUCAGAGACAGAAAUACGUCAGAAGUAUCCACAGCUAUUCAGAGAGGCUCAGCACUAA